AUGGCAAGUACCAAAGGACCAACCAUUGCUUCCAACAAGCUUGCUAUGUCUCGCGCGCUCGGCGCUGCAUUCCUGAACCACCAGGUCGAGCAACUCGAGAAGACAGUAACGAACACUGGGCCGGGGGCGGCGAACUGGAGGGACCAUCGCCGCAACCACGAUGGUGUGCAUCCGGACAAGCGCACUCGUAAUGCCCCUACCCCGAAGGGUCCGAAGGGGAAGGAUGGCGAGGCCACGGAUGCAGACGGUGGUGAGGACAAGGUGAGACGACGGGACGGACACAAGGAUGCGGAUGUGGUAGUGGUGGAUGCUAGUGUGUUGGUGCAUGCGCUGCCGCAAUUGAAGAAAUGGUGCAGAGAGUGGAGAGAGGAGGUGGUAAUCGUGCCCCUGGAAGCAUUGAAUACCCUUGACCUACUCAAGAAGGGCACGAGCACGCUUGCGCAGCGUGCACGCGCCGCAUCGCGCAUCCUUGAGGCUCAAGUCGGCACCAACCCUCGUAUUCGCGUUCAGCGGGACGAUGCGUUCGUCCUCUGGGACAGCAUGUUCCACGACCAGCCACUUAAUGUCAAUGCGACUGGUUCGCCCGAGUGGGUUCGCCGGACGAUCUGCUGUGCGCGCUGGGAAGUUGAACACGCUUCGGACGAGGUUGCACCGGGUGGAGCCAAACCUCACGUUGUGCUAGCAGUGCUCUCUCAAACUUCUGAGCACCAACAUGACGUGGCGCCUACACCUCUGGCGUCCGCUUCUCCUGUACCCCUCCCGGCGCCCCAGAUGAACAGGUAUGAACCGCGGUCUUCUGGAGCCCUUGUUUCUGCUUGGGCGAAGAAGGCCGGAAUCGAGCUUCUCGAUGUCUUUUCUCCUCCGGGUUCUACCCCGACACCGGCUAAUGGGGCUGCGAAGGACCCCACCAAUGUACGGCGUUCCGGGGAGCACCAGAGACGCUCUGCGGAGGAAGAGCGUGGGAAGCGUGGUGGCUUUGCUGUUGGGGGAGGUGGGCGCGGCCGGCGAAACUCGUACAACAGGAACGGAAACGAGCGAGUUGCUCAAUGCACUGCUGCCAGGCCGCCUUCCAGCUCUGGCUUGGUGGAGCGUCCGCCAGCCGUGAUGGCCAUGAUGGAGAUGGUCGCGCAGCCCAGCCGUGUUGUCCGUGUUCUUGCCAGAGGCGAGAAACUCGAGCCUGAUUCAUAG